GGCUAUAAAUAGUUUAUGAAGGUGAAGAGCAAAACAAAAGUGCCUUCCUUUGUUUCUUUUGACAACUAAAGUAGGAGAUAGCUUAGUGGAAAUGUUAAAUUUCUGACCAAGUACACAAGAUGUUACUCUAGCCGGUUUGAUCAGUCAUUUCACACUUAAGAAAGUCCUCCGGUUUCAAGCUGUAUGAUCGGAUAAUUUCCUUGCACUACGUCGAAUGCAUGCACUUUCGAGUGCUCAUUUAUUAGUCACGAAGAAUUUCCGUGUGACUUAUUGUACUGAUAAACGUGAUAUCUUUAAGUAAUUUAAUUUAUCUGAACUAACCAGGAAAAGGGGGGUUGCCCUACUGGGGUUUCUACCUCAGAGGUCUAAACUUAAGUUUAGACAAAGGUAAGCCAGACCCCAGACACAAUGGCAGACUUUGACCCAGAGACGUUGUUGGAAUGGCUGCAGAUGGGACAGGGAGAUGAAAGGGAUAUGCAACAGAUUGCCCUAGAACAACUUUGUAUGCUGUUGUUGAUGUCUGACAAUGUUGACAGAGUUUUUGAAAGCUGUCCACCAAGGACAUUUCUCCCAGCUUUAUGUCGUAUCUUCUUGGAUGAAUGUGCUCCAGACAAUGUGCUUGAGGUUACAGCAAGGGCCAUAACAUACUACUUAGAUGUAUCAGCAGAGUGCACCAGACGUAUUGUUGCUGUAGAUGGUGCUAUUAAAGCUUUAUGUAAUAGACUAGUGAUUGUUGAAAUGUCAUCCAGGACCAGUAGAGAUUUGUCUGAACAAUGUAUCAAGGUUCUGGAGAGAAUGUGUACCAGAGAAUCAGGGGCUGUCUUUGAUGCUGGAGGACUACAGUGUGUUCUAACCUUUAUCAGAGAGCAUGGAUCACAGGUUCAUAAGGAUACCUUACACUCUUCAAUGUCUGUAGUUUCUCGUCUCUGUGGUAGAAUGGAGCCCCAAGACCAAUCCUUGGAGACAUGUGUAGAGUCACUGUCUACUCUUCUUGAACAUGAUGAUCAAUUUGUAGCAGAUGGAGCCUUAAGAUGUUUUGCAUCUUUAGCUGACAGAUUUACCCGUAAAGGAGUAGAUCCUGUUCCUCUAGCUCAGCAUGGACUUAUAGAUGAACUCUUACAGAGAUUACAGAGGGCAGGGGAAACCAGUCAUAACGUUUCCUUGGCUAGCACUCCAGGGGCAAAAACUCCAGAAUCAAAGUCUAGUCCUAGUAUAUCAACUGUCAUAAGUUUACUGUCAACCUUAUGUCGGGGUUCACCUGGUAUAACCCAUGACCUUUUGAGGUCAGAUCUUCCUGAUGCUAUUGAAAGUGGACUGAAAGGAGAUGAAAGAUGUUGUCUAGACACAAUGCGUUUAGUUGACCUUUUACUGGUACUGUUAUUCGAAGGAAGGAAAGCCCUCCCUAAAACUGGUGUGUCUAGUAUAAGUAGUAGGAUCUCAAGUUUACGCAGGAUGGACAGCUCUGGAGAAAGAUCUCAUCGUCAGUUGAUUGAUUGUAUUCGUAGUAAAGAUACAGAUGCUCUCAUUGAUGCAGUAGAUAAUGGAUUUGAAGUUAAUUUUAUGGAUGAUGUUGGGCAGACAUUACUCAAUUGGGCUUCUGCAUUUGGGACCCAGGAAAUGGUUGAGUUUCUGUGUGAGAGAGGAGCAGAUGUCAACAGAGGAUUGCGAUCAUCAUCUCUGCAUUAUGCAGCUUGUUUUGGAAGACCACAGAUUGUUAAAACAUUGCUUAGAUAUGGUGCUAAUCCAGAACUUAGGGAUGAAGAUGGUAAAACUCCAUUAGAUAAAGCUAGAGAAAGAGGAGAUGAAGGUCAUAGAGAGGUCAUACAGAUCCUUCAGUCUCCUGGAGAUUGGAUGUCUUCAGCCAGUAGAGAGCCAUCAACUACAACAGUGACAACUACAGCUACAGUGGUUCCUCCAUCCCCUACAACAACUCCUCCAGAGGCCCCUCAAGUGGAGACAGGGAGUGAGAAAAAGGAAGAUUCUACAAUAGAGGAGAAGGAAGAAUCUAAUGAACCUAAAGGAGACCCUGAAGUAGCCCCUAUAUAUCUCAAACAAUUACUGCCUGUAUUUACCAAUGUCUUUCAAAGUACUAUGUUGCCUUCUGUUAGAAAAUCCUGUUUGUCAUUGUUGAAAAAGAUGAUACACUAUGUCACCAAUACAUUGAUAUGUGAACUGUCUAAUCCAGAGAUGAAUGUUGUCAACUUUGCUGCUGCACUCACUGAAGUAAUGACUAAUGUCCUGGAUCAUGAGGAUGAGGAUGAGAACCACCAGGUAGUACUGAACAUCAUACAAGACAUGAUGAAGAAAGGCCAGGAAUCUCAAGAUGUGUUUCUCGAACAUUUUGGUAGACUGGGACUAUUUGGUAGGGUCCAGUCCAUAGCUGGUCCUAUGGAGGAACAGGAAGGAGCUAUAGCCAUGGAAGAAAAGGUCGAGGAAGAUGGCUCAUUAGAAGAUGCUACAGAACUUGUACAGGGGAGACCAUACCAUUGGAGAGACUGGUGUAUAGUACGUGGACGUGAUUGUCUAUAUCUCUGGAGUGAUGCUGCAGCAUUAGAGCUGUCUAAUGGUAGUAAUGGAUGGUUUAGAUUCAUAUUAGACAGUAAAUUAGCUACAAUGUAUUCUAGUGGUAGCCCAGAAGGAGGGUCAGACAGUUCAGAAAACAGAGGGGAGUUCUUGGAAAAAUUACAGCGUGCUCGUAGCUUGAUCAAAAGUGGAACUGUCAGCCAACCAUUAUUAUCUCAUCUUGGUUCACCAAGACUGGUGAUUGGGAAUUGGUCUUUGUCUUGUAAGAAAGAAGGAGAGUUACACAUACAUAAUGCAGAUGGUCAACAGUCCACCAUUCUAAAGGAAGAUGUGGCAGGAUUUAUAUUUGAGUCAAAUCGAGGUACAAAACACUCAUUUACAGCAGAGACCUCCCUAGGAGCAGAGUUCUCAACAGGAUGGGGAGGAAAGAAGAGUAAGAAAUUUAAAUCAAAGACAGAAGAAAUAAAAACAAAGGUGAAGAAUCAAGCUCGGGAUAUCUACGAGCAAUAUUUCAGAGCAGCUGAAGCCAUGCCUAGAGGUGUGGUAGCCAAGAUUAGAGUCAUUGUUCAACAGCUAGAGGCAGCUUGUGCCAAACAAAUUAGUCAAGUAAAGUCCCCUGAUGGUGAAGUAGCUUGGAGAGAUGACAUGAAGGCCUCAUUUGAAUCCUUGGUAGAUUUACUGAAAGAAGAGCACACAGUAUCCUCAUAUGAGCUGCAUUCCAGUGGCCUUGUUCAAACACUUCUUAAUAUACUUAGUAAUAAUGUAGAGGAUUCAGACAGUAAAGAGAGUAAGAAGAGGACAAAAGAAAGAAUCAAUAUAUUUAGGACAAUCUUCCAGGACCAGGGAGACUUAUCAGAAGAAGGGUUAACUCCAGCUAUAGCACUUGUAAGAAAGCUGAUAUCAGUCCUUGAAUCUAUAGAAAAGUUACCUGUGUAUAGUUAUGAUUUACCUGGUUCAGGUUAUGGACUACAGGUAUGUAAAUUACCUGUGUAUAGUUAUGAUUUACCUGGUUCAGGUUAUGGACUACAGAUCUUAACCAGGAGAAUCCGAUUCCGAUUAGAAAGGUCAUCAGGUGACACUACUUUGCUAGAUAGAAGUGGUUGUAACCUGAAGAUGGAGCCACUUACAAACGUAGCCUCACUAGAAAGAUAUUUACUGAAAAUGGUUGCCAAACAGUGGUAUGAUUAUGACAGACAAACAUUUACUUUUGUGAAGAAGUUAAAGGAAGCUGUGUCAUCCAUUACAUUUACCUACCAGGGUGACUUUGAUGAACAUGGAUUAAUGUACUGGAUAGGUUCUAAUUCAAAAACAGCCUAUGAGUGGGUAAAUCCUGCACAUUAUGGCUUGGUCGUAGUGACAUCAUCUGAAGGAAGAAAUCUUCCAUACGGUAAAUUGGAAGACAUACUGAGCAGGGAUAGUGCUGCUCUCAACUGUCAUACAAAUGAUGACAAGAAAGCAUGGUUUGCAAUUGACUUAGGAGUAUGGUUAAUUCCCUCUAUGUAUACCAUCAGACAUGCUAGAGGAUAUGGCAGAUCUGCACUGAGAAACUGGGAGUUACAAGUGUCAAAAGAUGGUACCACCUGGAUAACAUUGAGGAAACACAAAGAUGACAAUACUCUCAAUGAACCUGGGUCAACAGCCUCAUUUGCCUUAACUUGUUCAGACGACGAACCUCAGGGAUGGAGACAUAUCAGAAUACAGCAGACUGGGAAGAAUGCUAGCGGACAAACUCAUUAUCUAUCAUUAUCUGGUUUUGAAAUCUACGGAACUGUUACUGGUGUUUGUGAUGAUUUAGGCAAGGCUGCUAAAGAAGCGGAAGCUAACAUGAGAAGAUUGAGAAGAAUUAUAAGGACUCAGACAUUGAGACAGAUGGUUCCUGGAGCCCGAGUUGUUCGUGGCAUGGACUGGAAAUGGAGGGAUCAGGAUGGUAAUCCUUCAGGUGAAGGCACUAUCACCAGUGAAUUAAGAAAUGGAUGGAUUGAUGUAACAUGGGAUGCUGGAGGAACUAACUCAUACAGAAUGGGAGCUGAAGGCAAAUAUGACCUUCAACUUUCACCUAACCAUGACCCACAGAAUCUCAGACCUGUACCUGUCAGACAGGACAAAGGAAGUCUUAAAGUGAAAACACAUGGUGUGUCAGUUUCUGAUAAAAUUAAGGUUAGUGUGUUGACAAGUAGGAAGAGUAGUUCUACUCCAAGUUUGACAGAUGUAGAGGAAAAUAAACCAUCUGUAGCCAGCACAGAACAAGCUUCAUCAGCUGAAAAUUUGACUUCUAAAGUGAAAUCUAUGGCUCAGAAUCUCAGUGAUAACCUUGUCAAUCUUGCCAGUUCCAAUCGUCUGAUGGGAAGUGUUGAAGAAGAUAACAAUUGUAAUAUCCCUAGAGAACAGUUUGUUGUGGCUCAUCGUAGUAAUAGAUCAGGGGAGGUUACUCUGUCAGAAUUUGCUACCUUAUUAGAGGCAGACAAUGAAGAUGAAGUGAAAGGAGCAGAAGGAGGCCAGCCUGUAGAUAAUAUAUCUGUCACUACCACACAACAUAACAAGGAAAACAAACGUCCAGAAUCACAGACAAGGAGUUCCCCAACCAAUCCCAUGAGUGUUAGUGUACCUAAUUUGCCAACCAGUAUGGAACAGACGGUCAGUUUGUUGGAAUCCUUUGCAGCUGUAGCCAAGAGAAAUCUAGGAACUGUGGGAAUGAAUAAUAGGAGUAACAGUAUAAGAUUAGCCUCACAAAAUGCUAUCAGUAAUCUUCUGAGUACUGCACAGAGUUAUCCUAGCUUGACAACAAAUAGUGCUGCCACCUCUAACACCUUGACAACGACCCAGACCAUGGCUAAUGUGACCUCUCUAAGCCAGGCUCUGACACGUAGUCUAACCUCUACAUCUAGUGAGAGUGACAAUGAGUUUUUAGAAACAAGUAGGGCUACAAAUCUUUUGGCAGAAUUAGAAGAUGAAGAAGAUUUACCUGUACCUGAUGAAGAUGAUGAUGAAAAUGAUGAAGAAAAUGAGGAUGAUGAACUUUAUGAAGAUGUACUGGAGGAAGAAGAUCUUGAAAUGAGAGGAGAGAGACGAAAAACAUGGGAUGAUGAGUAUGUUCUUAAGAGACAAUUCUCUGCACUGAUUCCAGCAUUUGAUCCAAGACCUGGUAGAACUAAUGUUAAUCAAACUCAGGACUUUGAAAUACCAACUCCAGGUAAAGAGCCAGCUCAGGCCCCAGAGAAUGUCUAUCCUCUACAACAACCAAAACUCGUACUGUCUUUCAAAGCUCCUUGUCUUCCAGGGUUGGAGGACACAGAGGUUGUUUUAACUGAAGAUAAACAGUGUAUAUUCAGGUUUAUACAAAAAUUACUCAUUCAAGGUGGUUCAGGCAGCAAGACAGAACGAUUACGUAGAAUCUGGGAACCAACUUAUACAAUUAUAUACAGAGCAUUAAAGGAUGGAGAGGUGAAAGAAGAUAUUGAAAAAAUGACAGAUUCUACCUACAACCAGUUGGAGAGUAAAUCUGAAAGUUAUCAGAUUCUUAGUGAAUGUGAUGUUCCCAGAAACAAUGACCCAGCAUCAUGCACCAUAGACCAUGUUUUACAGUUACUACAAAGACUUUAUGCUAUUGGUAUGGAACAGUCCAUGAAACAGACUAUAGAUGAGGUAGGAGGCCUUGUGAACCUGCCAACAGGAGAAUUUUGUAGUAAGAAAAUAACCAACAAAAUAGUGCAACAGAUACAGGAUCCAUUAGUAUUAGCUAGCAAUGCUUUACCAGACUGGUGUGAGAAACUAACCAAGAAUUGUCCCAUGUUGUUCUCCUUUGAUACCAGACAGCUCUACUUCUCAUGUACAGCUUUUGGAUGUUCUAGAUCAAUUGUAUGGUUACAAGAGAGAAGAGAUGCCACUUUGGAGAGAAGCAGGGGUGCUUUGCCUCGUAGGGACGAGGGCGGGGAAUACAGAAUUGGUCGUCUGAAACAUGAACGUGUCAAAGUACCAAGGGGAGACCACUUGCUAGAGUGGGCUGUACAGAUGAUGAAAUGUCACUGUCAGAGAAAGUCAAUCCUGGAGAUAGAAUUCUCUGGUGAAGAAGGGACAGGUCUAGGACCAUCAUUAGAAUUCUAUGCUUUAGUAUCAGCUGAACUACAAAAGAAAGAGUUAGGACUUUGGUUAUGUGAUGAUGAUGCUCCAAAUAAAUUAGAAAGACAGAUUGACAUAGGUCAUGGUAUUAAGCCACCAGGGUACUACAUUCAGCGAGUAGGAGGGCUAUUCCCAGGACCCUACCCCCAGGAAAGUCCAGACAUGCAUAAUAUAGAACAGCUAUUCCAAUUUCUUGGAACUCUUCUUGCCAAAUGUCUUCAGGACAAACGUAUUAUUGACAUUCCAUUAUCAAGACCUUUCUUAAAACUGAUGUGCAUGGGUGAGGUUGGUCAUCAUAUCACACAACAGUAUACACAGUCACUUCAUCGUUCUGUAGGAAGCUCCAUGGAAUCUUACCACUCUGACCUUCCUAGCAGCAAUACCACUAGCUAUUCCACAUCAUACAGUAUUGAGGACAUGGACAAGGAGUUAAUACUUGAUCCACCAAAACCUAAACAACCAGAGACACCAGCAUGGUAUACAGGAAUAUUAAAUGAUGACGAUUUUGAAAUUAUUGACGCUCAUCGAGCUGUAUUUCUCAGUCAGCUCAAAGAUUUGGCUAAUCAAAAGCAAAAAAUAUUGAAAGACAAAACAUUGACUCCUGAUCAGAAAAAUAUUCUUAUUCAGCAGUUAGGGCUCAGAAAUCCACAGGAUCCUGAGGAUAAAUAUAGAUUGGAAGAUUUAGGAAUAAAUUUCCAGUUCAAUCCAUCAUCUAAAGUAUAUGGUUAUACAUCAUAUGAUCUCAAACCAAAUGCAGAAGAUGAGGAGGUAACUCUAGAAAACAUAGAAGAAUAUGUAGAUCUGGUCACAGACUUCUGUCUAAACAGUGGUAUCCGGAGACAGCUUGAUGCUUUCAGAGAUGGUUUUAACUCUGUAUACCCUAUGGAGAAAUUACAUUCCUUCAGUCCCACAGAAUUAGCCUCCUUAUUGUGUGGUGAUCAGACCCCAGAAUGGACUAAAGAGGACAUACUGAAUUACACUGAACCAAAAUUGGGAUAUACCAGAGAAAGCCCUGGAUUCCAGAGAUUUGUCAGUGUUAUGGUAGAUCUGAGUUCCGAUGAGAGAAAAGCAUUCUUACAGUUUACCACCGGAUGUUCAUCCCUGCCACCCGGUGGCCUGGCAAACUUACAUCCAAGACUGACUAUAGUUAGAAAAGUUGACGGGAAUGACAGCAGUUUCCCGUCAGUAAACACAUGUGUUCAUUAUCUAAAACUACCUGAAUAUUCUUCGGAGGAUAUUCUACGCGAGAAAUUGUUAGCUGCAACAGCAGAAAAAGGAUUUCAUCUUAAUUAAUGAGAAAAUUUUAGUCCUGAGAGCAGAAAAUUAAGUGUCUGUUCUACUUUUUGUUGAAAAUAAUUGAAUUAGAAAAUCAUGACAUAUUUCUGUUGUAAUUGAUUAUAUUAUUAUUUAUUUAUAAUUGCUUUUUGUAAUACAUUAGCAAAUUUGUAUAGAUAUAAGUCCUCUUAAGAUAACUUACUGUUGAUGUGUGAUAAAAUGUUCUGUUGAAGUGAAUGGAUGUAUUCAGGGAAUUAUGAUAAAAUACAUUAUGCUCUAAAACAUAAUGUGAGAGUGAAACCUUAAAAAUUAUUGAGAGAAAAUCCCCCUCAAACAUGUAUGUAUCUCACCAUUUUAGGUGAAUCUAAUUGACACAUGACUUUCACUGUUAAAUGAUUGAUUGUAAUUCUGAUAAUGUGUAUAUAUCAACACAUAGAUUUUGUGCAAUAGAUGAGAGAGGACAUUUGUAUUAAUACUGAAAGUGCUUGUGGUUGAUUGUUAAGAAUAAUGUGUUUGUAUAAUUUGACAGUGUGUUCUGUUUUAAUUAGGUCAAUAUAAAAUUUUGUUUUUCACAUAAAUCUGUGAUUUUACACAGUAAAAAUUGUUGAAAAAAUUGUUUUGGUUUUUCUUUGCCACCUGAAAUAGAUUUGUAAAAUAAUUUAGCUGUUUUUGGUGUGCAGAAAUAUUUCUAACAUUAUUGUUUAUAAUGUUAUCAAAUUUUUACAAGCUUUGAAAAUUUAAAGCAGCGCUUUAAUGGGACAUUAGCUACAAUUUAGGAAAAAAAUUAAAAUACGAUUCUUUUUGUUUUUUCAA